UUUCGUUGGAGCUGCUGAAGUUCAGUUUUUGUACUUACUUUGUCGACGUCGGGUGCAUUUUCUCGCGUUUGCGCGAUUCUCGUUACAACUUUGGCUGAUGUGUGUUGUUCUGUUGGGUGACUAAGAUAGUUGUUCUGUUCUUAUGCGGUUUUAGAGUAUCUUGUGUUGUGUUUUAAAUAGUGUUUAGUUGAAAAACAAAACUGGAUAAAAUGAAACUAAAGCUUUCUGCUUCAAAUAAUAGCUGACCUUGAGGUGCCGAUUAGUGCUGAUUUUGUGUGGUGUCUGGUGGAUAUUAUUCCCUCGUGUAAAGAUAUUUCUUUUGGCCAUUUGACAGGCGCAUAACUGCAGGCUCUCUUUGCUGUGUGAUCUUCAAUGUUCAAUGAUGGUGUGAUGUGCUAUAGGUCGAAAUUGGUCUCUACUAUAAUUAUAUGUGCGGUUCCAUAAUUUCAAAUCAUACCCAAUUCUCUCGAUUCGCUUUACAUCACCGCCGCAGAACAACGAUUCAUUGCCUCUUGGACACAGAGGCGAAGCAUCGUCAUCAUCAUCAUCUUUGGGGAAGCAAAACCAGUUUGGCAGCGUGUUUUUCAUACUAAACAGAUCGAGGAGAGCGAAAUACCGCCGUGUUCUUAUCAACACUUUUGUGUUGAAGGAUAUUCAAUAGUGCUGAGCCAGCUAUCGCUACAGUGUGAGUCAAUGUGCUCUCUGGUGUAAAACGAGCAAAGGGCAAUUUGUAGCGAAAUUGUGUGUGUGUUUUUGUUGUAUGUUCACAGCUGAUAAGGGCUGACUGACCAAACGAAAUCGAGUUUGGAAUCGCGACACAGUGUACACACAUCACGUCAUAACGUUCUGGGAAUUUUAUCGAUAACAUCGCAUAGCAUCGCAGGAAUUGAAAGGCGUUUCGGUCAGACGAGCGCCCGCCACGAUGAGGUUGAUCGUCAGAAGCAUUGAUCAAUGAAAUGAAAAAAAAUAUUACAACCAACUGAUGGGUCGUUAUUGAUGCAGUGGCACGUUCGGAAGAAUAACGUUCAUGGGUGGCAGUGGCCAAGUGCGUUUUAACUGUCAGUAGAGCACAACGCACUUGUUUACCCCCUGCGCGAUAAGCGACUUAGUUCGUGUUUGAAGUUACUCCGGCUGGCUGGCAAACAGUCUCUGAUUGAUUCGAAGGUCAACGCAAAGUAAGCAGCAACCAUGUCGACAGUACUGCUUGAAUCUCGCGCUUAUCGGCCGUUCAAAUCCAGUGAGGAGUACCUGUACGCGAUGCGCGAAGAUUUGGCCGAAUGGCUGAAUAUGAUGUACCCAGAACUUCGCAUGACCGUGGACAACUUUAUGGAUCGCUUGGACACAGGAGUCGCCCUAUGCAAGCAUGCAAACAACGUGCGGAAGGCGGCUGAGGAGUAUUUGGCGAGAAGACAAGCACGUAACAAAUCCAUGACGAAAUCGAUGACAUCCGGCUUAGCUGGUCCGAUACUGAGUAUGGGUAAUGUCCAUUUUUUGCCUGCCGCCAAAAGUGGGACAUUCUUCGCUCGAGAUAACGUCUCAAACUUCAUAGCGUGGUGCCGAAAAAGUUUACAAAUUUUCGAAUGCCUGCUGUUCGAGACAGACGAUUUAAUAAUGCGAAAAAAUGAAAAACAUGUAAUCUUGUGCCUAUUAGAAGUAGCUCGACGGGGAGCAAAGUUUGGAAUGCUUGCACCCAUGUUGGUGCAAAUGGAGCGACAAAUCGAUAGAGAGAUUGCAGCCGACAACAAAGCGAAUGGCAUCGGCACUGGCACGCAAACCGAUAAUACCGCACACUCCAUUGCUACCGGAAACGAUGGUGAUCUGUUCGAUUCCGACAGCGAAGACGAGGAUAUGGAUCCAAAUGGACCUAUGCUUAUGUACGGCCCACAGCCCCAGAUAGUCACUAACGAUUUGAAAAGUUUGGAUGAAAUGGUUCGCGAUUUAGUCGCAAAGUGCACUUGUCCUUCACAAUUCCCUAUGGUGCGAGUAUCGGAAGGAAAAUAUCGCAUUGGUGAUACGAAAGUACUUAUUUUUGUGAGGAUCUUGCGCUCCCAUGUUAUGGUCCGCGUCGGUGGAGGUUGGGACACUCUCGCGCACUAUUUGGAUAAGCACGAUCCGUGCCGAUGCAAGGCUCAGCAUCGUUCUUCGGUUGCCGCAAGACUUAUUACCAAGACUAACAAUAUGGGCAACGGAAUAGAACUGCACAAAGCUCAAGUGUUGUAUGAUAGAUCAUCAACACCAACGUGGAAGACCAACGGUAACGGAACGCCGCCAGAUAGUCUUGGAAGCACAACAUUAUCACCACCGGCACGAACUCGCAGUCGUAGCCGAAGUCCUAGCACUCAUCGUAGAAUUAACAGUAACGUCGAACCAGUGACUCACGAUAGAAGCCAUUUGGCUUCGCCAAGUGUGGCACGUCGAUCCAUGUCGCCUAGUCCUCGCAAAAUUGAGCUGAAGAAAAAACAACAUUCACUUGAAGCGAAUCCUUGUGCUAACGCUGCCAUCGGUCCAAGCGUCCAGGUUCAGCAAGCUACAGUGCACUUUGAAUGCGAUCGAGAUGGUGCCAUCGUGAGUGAUGUUAAGACUGAGUCUUCUAACGAGGACAAAAUUAAUAAAUACGAAAACGUUAGUGACAACGGCAGUGAAAUCAGCGACGAAGGUUACAGAAGUUUAGGAAUAAUCCAUCCCAACAAUUCUAACCAGGCCCAGAAACGCAUUUCCCUCUACAGUCAAGCUUCGAAUGAAGAUGCUGAAACAUGUGCACAUCUCGACCAAAAUUCUUCGGAUUCCCAAGUAACGCCAACCGAUGAAACUAGUAGCUCCAAAGUAAAUGAUGAAGAUGUUACUACCAUCUCAGAUGAGGUCACAGCCAGAUCAGAUGAUGUAGACAAGAUUGGCGAGCUUAUGGAUACCACAGAUUCCGCAGACACGCCAGAAACGAAUUUUGCCAGGUCGGGAGUAUUUAUAACGGACGAUGAAAUCACUAUCGACAUUGCUGGAAGUACCGGGUUGAGAAAGACGGGAUUUUCAGAAACCCUGUUCGACGCGACUACCACUCCCACUGCUAAAGCACACCCCGCAAGCAAGAUACCAAUGUCUCCCACACCAUCUAGACGCAAAAGUGCGGACACUCCGACAGCAUCGAGCGAGAAGACAAACUCACUUAAUCGUAAAAUUCCAACCUAUCGAUCGGUACGCUCCAAGAUUAAUCCUUCGUCUGCUGAUCAGAAGGAUAACACGUGGAGUGGAAGAACGACCAAGCAACGGCAAUCUCUGGCGGUGGAUACAUUUGAUACCAAAGGAAGCUCGGCUCUCUCCCGUAAUUCACCGGCCAGAUCAUCGUCCACAUCGUACGACAAGAAUGGUAGACGUAACAAACCAGUCAGUAACUCGGUCAACACGUCGCCAAAUAAAACUGGCCAAACAAAGUCCACACUGGCACAGCAAUUGAUGGAAGCAGCUGCUGCAGAAAAUGACAGUCAAAUAAUUGAAAAAGUUAAAAACCUACUCUCGAAGUACUCAAACAGUGAACGGCAAAGUUCGACAGAAGGAAAUGGCAGUGAAUACGAUUUUACCACAGAUUGGGUGAAAAACAAUGGAAUUGUUGAUAGCAAUGUGGCCACGGUCGAGCCGCACAAAGCAAAAUUCAAAAAAGGUUCGUCUCUAUCGACCACAUCGGAAGGCGCCAGACUACAGGAUAUUCCUUCGGUGAUUUCGCCACGGAGAGGCGACCGGGGAGUUUCAAAAAUUCCUGCGCCAGUCCGUUCAAACACGGGACUGUACUGACACAGACGUAACCAGUCGUUAAAUGCUUUUAGCUCUAAACGUUGAGCCCCAAACUUGUUUUCGAAAGCGUCAAACGGAAAAAUAUGCUGCGCCUUAUUAUGUUCAUUGGAUGUUAUAUUCUUCGAGAAGCAACCCAUGCAUAUCUUAGUUAUCUGUAGAAAAAAUAAAUUCGUGUUGUUUAAAACCUUCAAAGAAAUCACAAUUUCAGCCCACCUUUGUCACUUUUUCGCGUUGCAUCUGGAGGCGAUCAGUGUGCCACCUGCCUCAUGCUAGUCACGGUUCGAAAUGUUUGAAAAACAUUCAAAACUGAUUUGCGAAACUACUUUGAUCUAAAAUUUACUGGAAAGUCAGGCAAAGUUACUGGAUGAAUACACUGCCCCUGAUCGCAUAAAUGUCCCAUAUGCAUUUUCAUCGCUUUUGAGUUAAUGAUGCAACUUGAUUCAAAGUCGUAUGCUCUUUCAGCAAAGCCUACAACAUCCAGUGUUCUAGAAAUCGGGAGGAAAUCCAGUUUUUUCGCAAAAACAUAACACGUAGCCUUGACAAACUUCAAAAAAUGCGUUUUUCUCAGCUUGCUGUUUUUGCAUAUGAGACAUUUAUGUGAAUAUCGGUAGUAACUGCAGUACUUUGGAAAAAGUUUUAAUUUGUGACUCUAAACAAAGCUUGGAUUGCAUCCCAACAUCAUUAAAAAACUUUCUAUAAAAAAUGUACAAACUAAAAAAAAGUUUCUGAAAAUGAUUGAGCACACAUGAUGGUUUUAACUAAAAAAAGUGCAACAUUUAAAUGUACUAUGUCACUAUUAUAUACGGUGCUUUUUUACGUAUGUUUUAGAGAAUUUUAUUCCGUUACUUUAGGCUAAACAUAUGACAAUAUCGGUUAAGUUUAUUAAAGUGGAAACACACUCGUAAUGAAAUAACCCAGAAAAAGUUGGACAAAAAUAUAUUUCAAUCAUCCAUAAGUUCGUUUUUUGUGCAAUCAUCAGUUUGACAACAUUUUACUCGCAUAUAAUCGUCCUACGAUAGAUAGAUGGAGCAGGAUAUUUUAAUACAUUUAACCAGUAAAGAGCAAUAAGAGUAAAAUCACUAUGGUUCUGUUGCAAUUUGUAAGAGUCAGAAGAAAGCAAUCUAAACGCAUAACAAAUUCGCCAUCUAUAUAAUAUAGCCUCGAAUUAUUUACAAUAAUGUUAUCCAAUAAAGCACUAAGUACUAAUGUAACAAAAAUGCUAUAAAAUAAAUAAAAAAUGA